AUGAAAGAAAUUCCCUUCACAUCUAUUGAAGGUAUAAUAGUAGGACAUUGUAAUGAAGGUAAUAGUGGAUGUACAGUUGUGUUGAGUGAAAACUCCGAAGGAUUUGGAUGUGGUGUUGAUUGUAGAGGAGGUGCAACUGGUACAAGAGAAACUGAUUUAUUAAAACCUGGAAUGUUAGUUGAAAAAAUACAUGGUUGUGUAAUUUCAGGAGGAAGUGCAUUUGGAUUAGAUGCAUCUUCAGGAGUAAUGAAAUAUUUUAGAGAAAAAGGAAUUGGAUAUCAUACAGAUAUAUUAAAUGUUCCAAUUGUUUGUCAAGCUGUUUUAUAUGAUUUACAAAUGUUAAAUAAGAAAGAUAAUACAUCAUUAUCAUUAUCAUCCAAUGAUAAUAAUAAUAAUAAUACAUCAUCAACAUCUAAUAAUCAAAAUAAUUCAAUAAUUGAUUUACCAAAUUAUUUUGAAUUAGGAUAUAAAGCAUGUAAAAAUCCAAUAUCUAAUGAUAUAAAUGGAAAUAUAGGAGCAGGAAAUGGAUCUACAAUUGGUAAAUUAUUAGGAGCUAAACAUUCAAUGAAAGGUGGAUUAGGAUGUUAUGCAAUUCAAGUUGAUAAUGAAUUAAAAAUUGGUGCAAUGGUUGCUGUUAAUUGUUUUGGUGAUGUUUAUGAAAAUGGAAAUUUAAUUGCUGGAUGUUAUAAAAUUAAUGAUGUUGAUUCAACAUCUGAUUCAACAACAACUAAUACAUCAUUAUUAUCUGAUUCAACUAUUAGUACAAAUAAUACUGAUGAUACAUCAUUUAAUUCUAAUAAUUUUAAUAAUUCUUCAAAUGAUAAAUUAGUUGAAUUUCUUGAUAGUGAAAAGAUAUUAAUUAAAGAAUAUUUACAAUCUAAAGAAGAAGCCAAUGCAUUUGAAUUAUCUAAAAGAAAGCAUGAUAUAACAAAUACAACUAUUGGUAUUGUUGUUUGUAAUGGAAUAUUAGAUAAAUCUCAAUUGAAUAGAAUUGCAAUGAUGGCGCAUGAUGGAUAUGCACGUUCAAUGAAACCAUCUCAUACUUUAUAUGAUGGUGAUACUAUUUUUGUAAUCUCAACUGGUACUAUUAAUGUUAAACCUCCUACUAAUUUAAUUGGUACUUUGGCUGCACAAGUUGUUGAAAAGGCAGUUGUUAAUGGUGUUAAACAUGCUCAAUCCAUGAAUGAUUUCAUUUCUUUUAAUGAUUUAAAUAAUAUUAUUUCUACUAAUAAUAGUAAUAAAUAA